AACCGCUCGCGGACUGUUCGCUUACGAGCUUAAGCAAAAUCAAGGGAACGCUCUCUACCCAGUAUCCUUCUGCAGAAUCUUUAAAAAUAUCCACCAUCCUUGGAUCAAGAAAGAACGAUACCUUCGUCAGGGCCAGGGAUACUACUCACUGUAUCAGGCUUGACCCUUAGAAGACUGCUUGAAUGAGGCUGUGGUGCAAGACAUGAAGAGGGUGCGUCCUGAAGACCACGACAGUGUGUAUGGUCAAAACAGGCAGAGUUUCCGUCCCCCUCCUGUUCUUGCCCCAGCCCCAGUUGGCAUGGCAACCUAUUCUGAGCAGCUCCAGCAGGAUGGAUUAAGUGGAUUAGCCCAGUUCCCUGCUGCUGCACAGAUGGCAGGUGCCCCUGGAUAUCAAGUUCAGGCACAGACUCCUCAGUCACAUCCUCAUGUUCAAAAUCCAACAUCUGGUCAUCACCAGGGCCAAGUACAGGUGCAUGCACAAGCUCAGGGUCAACAACAACAGUUUCAACGAUUAAAGGUUGAGGAUGCCUUGUCAUACUUAGAUCAAGUCAAACUUCAGUUUGGAAACCAGCCUCAAGUGUAUAAUGACUUCCUGGACAUUAUGAAAGAGUUUAAAUCCCAAAGCAUUGAUACUCCAGGUGUUAUCAGCCGUGUGUCAUCUCUGUUUAAGGGACAUCCAGAAUUAAUUGUAGGGUUCAAUACAUUCCUUCCACCUGGGUACAAGAUUGAGGUGCAUGCCAGUGAUCCUGGCACUGUGUCAGUAACAGCACCCAAUGGACAGUCUCAGAUAACCACACUUAUCCAACCAGCUCAGCAACCAGUACAUCAGUCAGGUGGGCAACAAGGACAACAACAGCAGCAGUCACAGCAGAAACAGCAGCAACAGGGGCAGCAGCAGCAGCAGCAGCAACAUCAGCAACCACUUCAGUCACCAACUGCUCAACAAGGACAGGGUCAGCAACCAGUGGAAUUUAACCAUGCAAUAAAUUAUGUGAACAAAAUAAAGAACCGGUUUCAAGGACAGCCAGACAUCUACAAGGCUUUUUUGGAAAUUCUCCACACAUAUCAAAAGGAGCAGAAAAACAUCAAAGAGGCUGCCAUGCAAGGAACUCCUCUGUCUGAACAAGAAAUCUAUACAAGAGAAGCGAAACUUGCUAGUGAGGUGUAUCAUCAAGUUGCAAAGCUUUUUCAAAAUCAAGAAGAUUUGCUUCAAGAAUUCAGCCAGUUUCUUCCGGAUGCUAAUGGUGCAGCAAUGUCUGGGGGUUUAUUAGCAGCAAACAGGUUGCCAGCUCACCUGACAGCUGCAAGGAAUGAGUAUGUACCUCCCACAAAGAAGCCAGCGGGUGGGUCAAAUUCUUCAAAACGUAUGAUACACCAGAUCAGAAGAAAUUCAAACAAUGUCUCCUCUUCCCCAACCCACCCUCAGGCAAAGCAGAAGAAAUCGAGAAGUGCAAUCAAAGAUGUACCCCUGGAUGAGGCACAGAAACAUGGCACCUUCUCAGAAUUUGCAUUUUUUGAAAAGGUGAGGAAAGCACUCAAAAAUCCUGAGCUCUAUGACAACUUCUUGCGUUGUCUUGUAUUGUUCAAUCAAGAAGUUAUCUCUCGAUCCGAACUGGUUCAACUGGCAUCCAACUUCCUAGGAAAAUACCCAGAGCUGUUUCAAUGGUUCAAGGAAUUCCUAGGCUACAAAGACUCUUCUCCCAUGGAGACUGUGGCUAAUGUCAAAGAACGAACUUCAGGAGAACUGCAUCAUCUUGAGAUAGAUUAUUCCUCUUGCAAGAGAUACGGCACAAGUUAUAGAGCACUUCCUAAGAGCUAUACACAGCCAAAAUGUAGUGGACGUACUGCUCUGUGUAGAGAAGUCCUUAAUGACACCUGGGUGUCUUUUCCUUCAUGGUCAGAAGACACUCCCUUUCCAGGAACAAGAAAAACCCAAUAUGAAGAGUACAUUUUUAGGUGUGAGGAUGAACGAUUUGAGCUGGAUGUUGUGUUAGAAUCCAAUCUUUCCACCAUUCGUGUUUUAGAAGCCAUACAGAAAAAACUACAGAGAAUGUCUGCUGAAGAGCAGGCAAAAUUUCGACUUGAUAGCUGCAUUGGAGGAACAUCUGAGUUCAUUCACAAAAAGGCCAUCCAGAGGAUAUAUGGUGACAAAGCUCCUGAUAUUAUUGAUGGUUUAAAGAAAACACCUGCAGUGGCUGUGCCACUGGUACUUAAGAGGUUAAAAGCCAAAGAAGAGGAGUGGAGAGAAUCUCAGAGGCAGUUUAAUAAGAUAUGGCGAGAUCAGAAUGAAAAGUAUUACCUAAAGUCCCUGGACCAUCAAGGGAUCACUUUCAAACAAAAUGACUUGAAGGCCAUGAGAUCGAAAAGCUUGAUAAAUGAGAUUGAGACAAUUUAUGAUGAGAGACAAGAGCAAGCGGCUGAAGGUAAUGGAGAUGCUGGGGGCCCUCACUUGGUUUACACCUACCAGGACAAGUCGAUUCUCGAUGACGCGGCCGGUCUGAUUGUUCAUCACAUGAAGAGACAGACGAGUAUUCAUAAGGAAGACAAAGCAAGGAUAAAGUUUCUCUUACACUGUUUCCUACCGGAUUUGUUCUUCGCACCAAGGGGUGAGCUAAGUGAUGAUGAAGAUUCGGUAAAGGAACUUAACGGCCUUGGCAAACCGGAACUUACUAACGGUUUACCAGAGGCAGAAGCAGAUGAUGCCUAUAAUUUAAUAUAUGUAAACAACAACUGGUACUUACUCUUCAGACUUCAUCAGAUGCUCUGUGAGCGACUGCUGAAGAUGUAUCAACAGUCUGUCAUGAUAGCUGAAGGUGAAGCUUGUGACAAGCAGCAGAGAAAACAGGCCACAGCCAUUGCUCUGAGACUCAAGGCACCCAGCGAGAUAGACCUUGAGGAAUAUUAUCCAGCGUUUCUAGACAUGAUAAGAAACCUGCUGGACGGAAACAUGGAUUCUACAAACUUUGAGGAUACGUGUCGCGAGAUGUUUGGUGUUCACGCUUACAUCGCAUUUACUAUGGACAAAUUAGUACAGAACAUAGUUAGACAGCUACACACCAUUGUUACAGACGAUUCGUGCAACCAGGUCACUGAACUAUACCAGCAGGAGCAAGGUAACCUGGCCACCGGUGGAAGCUCGGCCACUCAGCAUACCCGCGCAGUGUCAGAAGCUGCAUAUCAAAAAAGAUCUGAGUCACUGCUUUCGGAUGAGAACUGUUACAAAGUUGUCAUUCACAAAGACAAGAACAUCUGCAGACUGAGUAUUGAGUUGCUUGAUACAGAGGACUCUCAUUCAGAAGAUCCAGUCGAAGUAGAGAAAUGGAAUGAAUACGUCGAAAAGUUUGUCGGCAGCGAGGAAGUUUCCACAGAGGUCAAGGAUCAUUUACAGAACAAACCCAUAUUUUUACCAAGAACGGUUCGUUCCAACUCGCGGAUGAAACCGUCGACCACCCCAAGCACCGAGAAAGAAUCGACGACAAAUGAUAAUGGAUCGUCAACUGAUGAUGCUGAAAGUGAGGGAAACAACAGCGAUAAAGAGGAAGAAAAUGAUGAAGGAGAGGAAAUGGAAGUCGAGAACUCUAUGGAAUGCAAACUUAGCUUGAACUCAUACAAGAUUCGAUUUGUCAAAGGCAGUGAGGAUUACCUGUACAGGCGACAGUCUCUAAAGCGAGCAAAAGAGAGUCAUUCUUUGGUGGCAAACCGUCUUCACUCCAGAUUUCAGUCGUGGUUAAGCGAGUGGGUUAAGAAUCACGUGUCCAGCGACCAGGAAAGCGGGUGUCAUGACUGGCUGCUGGGACGAGUGGAUGGGCUUCAUCCCUGCACAACAACUUGCGAGACUAUCACGGAUACAGCCAUCAAACACAAUAAAUACUCUGUGAAAUGGGACAAGGACAAGAACGUGCAAGAAAAGAACGACGAAGACAAAGAGAGCGAGCAUAAUGCCGCGUCAUAAGCCUGUCCAGUUCUGUACAGUUGAUUAUAGUUAAACGGAUUUUAUAGGUAAACUAGUGUAUUGUAGUCAAGGAAUGGCGUUGAAAAAGAGAAAGACGUGGCAUAGGGUUGCGUGGCUCGUGUUACGUAAAGCGAAGGACUUAUUGCAAUUAGUGGGUCACAUCUGGCUUGCUUUGGCCUUAGAGAAUCACCCCGGUUGGACUGUAAAUGCGAUUUUUGUUCGUAGAGAUGCUUUCCUUAUCUAACUUGUUGCAAUUCUCUCUUCUGAUUGAGACGUCUAUUGUCUUCCUUUUCUUAUCAACAGUUAUUUUGUACAUACGACAUUCACUUAGACAGAUCGUUGAGGCAAUAAUCGCAGGGAAUGAAAUCACUCAGAUUUGCCGCAGACGAUGCUGUUCACUUUUCUUAUAUUAUUAUAACCACACCCUUAUCUUGUAUUAGCUUCAAGAAUCACUUAACUGUAAAAUCUGGCUCAUGUCUUUCCUGCCAUAUGAAGGCUUCAAUUGGUGUGUAGAAUUAAAUGACAAAUUAAAAAUUCUUAGGGAAGGUUCGUCCCGAUACUUUUAA